UAUGGUCUGAGUAGUUUCGUUAGAGAAACAUUUUUCAUUGCUUUCCUGGCAACAGAGCGGAAGAAAAUGCCAUAGCGUAAUUGUCUUCUCUAUUUUCAGUGCAGCCUUAACUCUUUCACGUGAUGUCUUUCAUCAUAACGGCAAGAAGUUUCUUGACUACCUCAUUUGGACCAUCAUACAUAAUUCAUGAAGUGUAAAUUAUAGUACAUUAAAUGCCAUGGACGCACAGCACAAACUCAAGUGGUCAUUGUACAUAACACUUGCAUCUUUAUUUAUUUUUUUAUCCGUAACAGAAUUAGGGCAUUUUUCAUCUGCAAAGAAAUCAUUGUUUCCAACUCAGAUUCCAGAAACUUCUGAUAAACAUGUGAUUGUCUUUGAUGGGGGUAGCACUGGUACAAGGAUACAUGUGUUCAGUUUUGUAAAUAGUUCAAGUGGCCUUUUAAUUCUUAAAGAUGAAUACUUCGAAGAAGUUAAACCAGGUCUUUCCAAUUUUGCCAAUAAACCAAAGAAGGCAGCAAAAAGUGUUUUUCAUCUGUUAGAAAAAGCGAAAGCUUUUGUUCCUCCUAAUAGCUGGGAUCAAACACCUAUUACUUUAAAAGCUACUGCAGGUCUUAGGUUGCUACCCAGUUAUAUGUCAGAUUCCAUUUUAGAAGAGGUUUCAAAAACAUUUCACAAUUCUCCAUUUCUUUGUGAUAAAAACUGUGUUUCAGUAUUAGAUGGGGAAGAUGAAGGCCUAUAUGCUUGGUUUACAUUGAAUUUUCUGUUAGGAAGACUACAUGAACCAAAUCAUUCUGUUGCAUCAUUGGACCUGGGAGGUGGAUCAACUCAAGUCACAUUUUCUCCAGUUGAUUUAGAUACUGUAGUAUUUAGUCCAAAAGAUUACAUAGUCAAGAGAAAAGUUUUAAAUAAAACUAUGUCUAUUUAUACUCAUAGUUACUUAGGUCUAGGUUUGAUGUCAGCACGACUGUCAAUUUUAAAAUUAUCUAAAGUAAAAUCAGAUCACUCUGAAAAUGAAAGCAGUUUUACAAGUUCCUGUAUUCAUCCAAAUGUGAAUGUAAAAUGGAAAUUUGACUUGAAUGAAUAUAACGUCAGUGGUAGAGCUGAUGGACAGUUUGGCUUUAAAUAUUGCUAUGAUAAGGCUGUAAAAUUUCUUGGUGAUUCUGUUGAUCAGCCUGAAGAACUAUUAAAAAGAGAAGUUUAUGCAUUAUCAUAUUAUUAUGACCGAGCUGUUGACUUAAAAAUUGUUGGUGAGAAAGGUGGACUUGUUACUGUUGGUGUUUACCUAGAAGCUUGCAAAAGCAUUUGUAAUCAGAAAACAUUAAGUGAUCCCUUUCUGUGCCUUGACUGCAGCUAUAUUACUGCUCUUCUACAUCAUGGUCUUGGAUUUAAUAAGAAUAAAGAAAUAAUGCUGGUGAAAGAGAUCGAUGGAGUGGAAGCUAGUUGGGGUUUAGGUGCAGCCUUUAGCAUGCUGUUAUAGUAAAUUUUAUGCUUGCAGCAUUUCCAUUUUGUAUGUAAAUACUGUAUAGCAACAAUUUGUAUCAGAUCUGUUUUGUGGCAUAGUUUUUUCUCAUUUUUCAUCCUUCAGAAGAAUUCUUAGCUUUUCUGUGAUAUGCUUAUUUAUUGAAAUUCAUGUGCACUAAACAGAAUAUAUUUCUUAGCUAAAAAAACGACUAAAGUAAACUUGUUUUUAAAAAUGUAAAGAAUAUAACUUAAUAAAUUAUUUUUUACUUAUGA